CCUGCACUUUCAGUUUUGAACGGAAAUGUCCCUUGAUGUAAAGAUGAACAACUUGUAAGGUAAUUCCUUCAUUAUAAUCAGUCAAAAAUAGGACAUCGCCAUGUGGUAUACUGAUAUAUUUGGGGCUUCGGCGCGAAGAUUCAAAUCAGCGAAGAAGCAAACAGCGCAGAAUUACCUGAGUUUGAGGGGACGGAAAUACUUUGCGAUAAUUACUGCUUUAAUGACAUGCUCAGGGGAAGUAAGAAAUCGUCCUCCAUUGACAAAAUUCAUAAAGCGGCGUUCAUUGAUGGCCGCAAGUAUCUGUCAAAGUCUGAUCAAUGAAGGCUGGAAAUCCUACGCCAAUGAUCUCGGUGAAGCACCAGAAGCGAAAGGGAUUUAUACCAUAGGUUUAGAGGGCGAAGGUAUCAGUACGUGGGUCAUUCAAACAACAUUCGAGGGCGGUUCACGGAACACAAAAACCAAAAUUUGAAUAUUGAUAAAUUUGUUAAAGAUCACUGAUUCAAUUUAGAUAAUGAGAGGAAUUUAAUGAUUAAAUGGGUGCCAGAUUCCAAUGGCGCUUGUGUUGAGGGUCAGUACCUUGAAUGUUUGGAGAAGAAACUCGGGCAUCGGCCAAAAUACAACAUGAAAGGUGGUAAUAAAUGCAACUGAACUCCUCUUGCAUACCUGAGACAAAAGAAUCAAAACUAGCUUUUUAAUGUGUCAUUAGGAUUAAUCGUGCAUGACAAUCUCUUAAAAAAACUAUGUUAUGUAAACUGAAGAUAGCUUAGAGAUGUAGUUUUGUCUGCCCUAAAGUUUCUUUAUCUGUGAUGUAUUUAUUUCAUAGUAUUGUUCAGACUUAAACAUCUUGUACAAGUGAUCGAAGCUUUGCACUUGUGAUUCACAAAUGAAUGAAUGGGAGUAUAUAGCAAGAUGAUGGAUGUAAUUUCCUUCAUUUUCACUCGAUGACUAUGCCAUUGCUUAUUAUAUAUAGAACAAUUUAAUAAAUCUUACUCGUGUAGGUCAUGUUAGAUUUGUCUAGAUCCACUUUUCUUAUGCAACUACCUGUUGGCGUUAGUUUCCUUCAAAUAUCGUAAGGCUUUUUGUCAAGUUUCGCACUCCAAGCAUAUGGCACAUAGACUGUAUUUAUCUUUUUCAUGAGCUCCAUUGAAUUAUUGAUAUUAUUGAAAAGGUCAAGCUGUCGACAACCAAUAGGGCAUGAACACUUUUCAGGCUAACUUGCGUCAAUUAAUGUGCGAAGAAGGAAUAAAUCUCGGUGCUGGGGCUAGUAAAACAAAACAUUCUCUUAAGUGCUCCAUAUAGUACUAAAUAACUCAUUAUUUUCUAUGAAGCUCUGAUGGCAGCCGUUAAUAAACAUUU